CCACCAUGGAAACUCUCGACAAUACUGCCUGGGAUGUCCUGAUUGUAGGCACGGGCCUGCAGCAAUCUCUGCUCGCUUUGUAGGUCGUCUCGAAGCGUGAAGGGUGUGGCGCGGUCUGACUGACGCCGCACCUGAAGAGCUUUGUCACGGUCGGAUAAGAAGAUCCUACACAUCGACGAAAACGACUACUAUGGCGGCGCUGAGGCGGCGUUCAGUCUGCAGGAAGCUGAGGAGUGGGAGAGAAGGGUGAAUGAUGGUGCAACUGCUGCUGCCUUCGACAAGGUCGCUAUUAUGAAGCCCGAGCCGACCGACAGUCAGAACGCUCAAGGCAAACUGAGCUUUUCGAGAGCGUACAGCUUGGCGCUCAGCCCGCAGAUCAUCUACGCGAGGUCGACGCUGCUCCAGCACCUUGUAUCGUCACGGGUCUAUCGCCAGCUCGAGUUCCUGGCCGUUGGUAGCUGGUGGGUGUACACGCAUGAUCAUCUGGGCAAAGCUACAGGUGGCGACGUCACAUCCAAGAAGCUCCUCAAAGUCCCGAACGGGCGCGAGGACGUCUUCCAGGACCACCAGCUCGACUUCAAGGCCAAGCGGGCGCUGAUGAAGUUCCUGCGCUUCAUCACCGAGUACGAGGAGCAGACGGAGGUCUGGAAUGACCACCGUCAACAGCCGUUCCCAGAUUUCUUGUUGGAGCAGUUCAAGAUCCCUGCGACACUGCAAGGUCCGCUGCUAGCGCUCGCCUUGUCACCAUCAAGCUCAUCGCAGACCACCACCGAGUUCGCGCUGCCACGGAUUGCGAGACACCUUCGAUCUAUCGGCAUCUUCGGAGCUGGCUUCGGCGCCGUCUUGCCAAAAUGGGGAGGGCUUGCUGAGAUCAGCCAGGUCUCGUGCCGAGCUUGCGCUGUUGGUGGGGGCGUGUAUGUCCUUGGAAAAGGCCUGACGUCUAACACUGAAGCCUCGACAACCUCAGAGGGCGAGGCAAAGCUUUACCUGAAAGACGGUGAAGCUGUCACUGCCAAGUGGGUAGUCGGUGGAAGCUCAUCAACCACCGGGGAGGACUCGUACUGCAGAUUGACUGCCAUCGUUGCAUCACCCCUUGCACCCCUCUUCUCGCCCAUCGCAGAGGAAGCACCCGCGCCAGCAUCUGCUGUCAUUGUCUUCCCAUCUGGGUCGCUUUCACUAGACGACUCAAAUGAAGAGCUACCCCCAGUCCACAUUUUCGUUCACUCGAGCGACACCGGCGAAUGCCCAUCCGGUCAAAGUAUACUCUACUCAUCCACAUCGUUAAGCUCCGAAAUGGGCUUCGGGCUUCUCAGAAAGGCUGUCGAUGCGCUGCUGGUGGCUGUCGAAGUAACGCCCAAACCGGAUGUGCUUUGGUCGAUACAGUACCAGCAGCACGCUUCCUCUGGCACUGAGACACUACCUGCUGGAAAUGAGCAUAUUCUCGGCUUCCCGCCUCCGUCGAUGGACUUGGCGUUUGAUGAUGCCCUACUCGACAAUGUCAAAGAAGUGUGGCAGAAGAUUGUUGGUGAGGACGGUGGAGAGUUCCUCGUCUUCCAGGACAGAGAGGUUUACGAUGACGACGAGUAAUAUGAUACAAGAACGAGAUACCAUACACAACCACCAAC